AUGCCAUGUGUUGGUGUUUAUAUGGAGAUUGAACUCGCGAAGAAGAAAUAUAGAGAGCCGGAGGCCCUUCCGUCCCGUCCUUUCAAUCUCAAGCCAACUGCAGGAUCUGAAAGGCUGAGAAAUAUCUCAUCUGCCCCUUGCUGUCCAUCUCAACAGCAUAGCAAUGAAGAACAGCGUAUCUCCCUGUGGAAGACCAAGAUCCUGCUGGCAAACUGCCCCUAUUUUUGUUGA